AUGGACGACUUCCAGGGCAUCCUGGCCCGCGACUUCGGCCUCCGCCCUAAGGGGAAGGCUGCGCCCAUGUCGGCCGCCCGCGCCGCGGCGCCCUCUGGAUCCGCCUGGGACAGCACCAGAUCCGCCGCCGCUGCCGCGCCAUCCGCCCCCUCCUACGACGAUCUCUUCGGGGCCCCGUCCUCCGCGCCGCCGCCCAAGCCCACGCAGCCGACCUCCAUCGACUCCAUGUUCGACUCCUUCGCGGAGCCCUCUGCCUCAGCCGCGCCGCCCAAGCCCAAGCACUCGUCCAUGCCCGUGUUCGACAAGCCAGUCUACGACGACGAUAUCUUUGACGGGGUCCCCGGUGUGAAGAGCUCCUCGGUGCGCUACGACGACGUCUUUGCGGGCAACCACGCGCCGGCCCCUGCAGACGACGACCUGCUCGCUGGUUUCGGAACCAAGUCAGUGGCUAGGGAGGUGCCGGAAGAUAAGUGGAAGCCCGGGCCAGCAGCCGCCUCAGCGGGGUUUGAUGAUUUGUUUGCGGGGAUUGGCAGGAGCAGCCCGGUGAAGCAAAGGCAAACUGCUGGUGCUAAAGAAAAGAGGGUGCCUACAUCUCAGCCAGCUAGCAUGGCAAGCGACCCUUUUGUUUCUUUUGAAACAACUUCUACUUCAGCCCGUCAAUCCUCUGGGAUAUUCUCGGAUCCCUUGGAUGAAUUGGGUAGGCAUUCAAAAUCUCAAGUAAAAACUGCUGCUGACAGUGGUCUAUUUGAGGAUUCUAGCGCAUUCAAUCAGGUCCCAAAAUCAGAACCUUUGUUUACCACAAAUUUGAGUGAUGACUCUAAAGGUAGCAACGGAUCAACCAAGGCCCGAGACUCGAGCCCUGUGCAAAAUUUUCCGAAAAGAAACUCAGCCCAACAACCUUCUGUGGAGGACUUCGAAAAUAUUUUUACACAGUCACAGUCUGCCCGAUAUUCUGAUGUUCAUGUUGAUAGUGGUGCUCCAGGUUCCGAGAAAUACAGUGGGAAUGGUAUGGAUGACCGGUCACCAAGAUCAGAUGAGUCUGAGGAUGAGAUAUGGCUUACAGUUUCUGAGAUUCCCCUCUUCACACAGCCAACGAGUGCCCCACCACCUUCAAGACCACCACCAUCUCUUGCAAUUAAGCAAAAACCGCAUGGAUCAAGAGCAAAACGAAGGGAUGAUGAAUAUCUGCGGCACUCCACCCAGAACUACAACCAUAACAAAAAUUCUUCGAUGGAUGAAUUAGAAGAAUUUGCCAUGGGCAAACCUCAGAAAUCAGCUUAUGACAAUGCAAAUCCUUUUUAUGAGGAUGAAUCUGAGCGGAAUUCAUCGGCGGCAGCAUCUGCAGCUGCUAUGAAGGAAGCCAUGGAGAAAGCUGAGGCUAAGUUCAAGCAUGCUAAGGAAGUACGAGAGAGAGAACGUGAUGCAAAGCUUAGAAAUAGGGAACAGCAGGAACAGGAUGAUGAAGCAAGGUCGUAUGCACAGGAUCGGGAAGAGAGAGAGAGGCAGGAGAAACUAGACAGGGAGAAAGAGAUGAGACAAAGGGAGGAAAAGGAGAGAGAACAAAGAAGACUUGAAGAAGCGAGGGAGCUUGAGCAACAGAGAGAAAGAGGGAGGGGUAGACAAGCUGUGGAGAGGGCUACAAAGGAGGCACGGGAAAGAGCAGCUAUCGAAGCACGUGCAAAAGCAGAGAGGGAAGCACGCCUACGUAAUGAGAGGGCUGCUGUGCAAAGAGCUCAGCAGGAAGCUCGUGAGAGAGCUGCAGUGGAUGCUAGAGACCGAGCUGAUAGGGCUGCUGCUGAAGCUAAGGAGAAGGCUGCUGCUCAAACCAGGGAGAGGGCUACAGCAGAAAGAGCUGCUGUUGAGAGAGUUCAACAAGAUGCAAAGAGAAGAGCUGACCGAGCAGCAGUGGAAAAGGCCGCAGCUGAGGUUCGGGAAAGGCAAGCUGCUGAGGCUCGAGAGAGGCACGCUGCUUCUGCAGCGGCAGCAGCGGCAAGAGAAAAACAGAGUAAACCAGAUGACCUUGAGUCCUUUUUUGGUAUGGGUGCCCGAGCAAACAGUGCACCUAAGCAAAGGGCUCCAACAGUGGAUCCUACGUUUAAUGCUCAAAGUCAAAGUAGAGCGGCAGCAACCUCUGCUUCAGCAUCAUCUAUGCGGAAGGCAUCAUCUACAACAAAUUUUACGGAUGACCUAUCCGUGAUAUUUGGAGGAGCUCCCACGCCAUCUGAUGAGUUUCAAGCGGUUGAAGGAGAGAGUGAAGAGAGAAGACGUGCUAGGUUGGAGCGGCAUCAACGGACCCGUGAACGAGCGGCAAAAGCUCUGGCUGAGAAGAAUGAACGGGACAUGAAUGUUCAAAGAGAGCAGGCAGAAAGAGAUAGAAUUUCGGAAAGUUUAGACUUCGAGAUUAAGCGAUGGGCUGCUGGAAAAGAAGGCAAUUUGCGGGCACUGCUAUCAACUAUGCAAUAUGUACUUUGGCCAGAAUGUGGAUGGCAGCCUGUAUCCCUAACAGAUCUGAUCACUGCUGCUGCGGUUAAAAAGGUGUACAGAAAGGCAACUUUGUGCAUCCAUCCUGAUAAGGUGCAACAAAAGGGUGCAAAUCUACAGCAGAAAUAUAUCGCCGAGAAGGUUUUUGAUCUUCUUAAGGAGGCCUGGAACAAAUUUAACUCCGAAGAGCUCUUCUAG